AUGGGAAAAGAGCAGGAGGGCACGGGGCAAUGGCUGUCGCUGGAGGCGGAGCUGGUGAUGCGCGACGGGGAGGUGGUGGGGACGAAGAGCCCCACGGGACACUCGCUGCUCGUCGACUGCCGCUUCGAGCUGCCGUUCGACCCGGAGAACACGGAGGGCGCCGACCUGCAGCGGAAGCUGGAGAUGCUGAACAACAUCAUGGACCAGGAGGCGCGCGCCGAGCAGGCCCGGAGGCAGCUGCAGUACUUCGGCCACUCCGGCUACUCGGAAGACAGCGACUACACGAGCGACCUGAACUACCCGGUGGGCGGGCAGCACGCCAACUCGUCGGCGUCGCAGUUCCGGUCGGCGGCGCACGACAUGGCCACGCCCGAGACCAGCCGCGAGAACUCGUACGAGCGCGACGAGCACCUGUCGCCGUACGGCACGUCGCACGGGCAGGGCCGCCACGACGCGUACGGCAGCGCCGAGGACAUGGAGCCGCUCUCCUACAACAGCAGACCCCGCGGCUACAAGGAGUACAGCCCGGACACGUGGUACAGCGCCAGCAGCUACGUGCAGAGCUACUCGCAGGAGCUGGACGACCGCCUCUACACUGACACCUCCUACUACCGGACCAACAAGCGCUCCAGGGGCACGAGCAACCGCCGACCGAGCCUGGAGCGGCAGCCGACGCUGUACGACCCGGACGACCAGUACUACCCGGAGCCCUACUACGGGGAUACGCACGACUCCUACAGGGAUUAUGAUCGGAGCUACGGUAUGGACUACUACUCCACCAAUGACAACUACCACUACCAAGACGAAAGGUACGGCCAGGAGGAGGAGGACCGGCAGUGGGACUCUGGGGGGUUCUACACGACGCCGCGCGACCUGUACGAGAACCGCGUGAACGAGCGGCGGUCGCGCGCGCGGCGGCCGCCCCGCCUGCGCCGAAACAGCGGCUCGGGUGCGACCGCCCCCACGUCGGCGUCGGCGGCGGCGUCGGCGGCGGGCACGCCCACGGCGGCCGCCGACGCCUACAACGAGGACUACAACUACGCCUACCGCAGCAGCACCGACCAGGACAGCGUGGACGAGCGCUACUACAGCCUGGAGGCGGACGCGCCCCCAGCCUCCGCCUCCGGCACUUGA